AUGUCGGCCCUCACAGAAGUGUUCAAGUAUAUCGACGAGAAUCAGGAUUGCUACGUCAAGAAACUUGCGGAAUGGGUGGCCAUCCAGAGCGUGUCUGCGUGGCCCGAGAAGAGGGGCGAGAUCCGCAGGAUGAUGGAAGUUGCGGCUGCAGACAUCAAGAAGCUUGGGGGCUCCGUGGAGCUGGUGGAUAUCGGACAGCAGACGCUCCCUGACGGCUCCCAGAUACCUCUUCCUCCUGUUCUGCUCGGCAAGCUGGGCUCGGACCCCAAGAAGAAGACAGUGUGUGUGUAUGGACACCUGGAUGUCCAGCCCGCAGCCCUGGAGGACGGCUGGGACAGCGAGCCCUUCACCCUGGAGGAGCGUGACGGGAAGCUGUAUGGGAGAGGCUCCACUGAUGACAAGGGGCCGGUGGCCGGCUGGAUGAAUGCCCUGGAAGCGUUCCAGAAAACAAAUCAGGAGAUCCCGGUGAACUUGCGCUUCUGCCUGGAGGGCAUGGAGGAGUCGGGCUCCGAGGGGCUGGACGGGCUGAUCUUCGCCCAGAAAGACACCUUCUUCAAGGACGUGGACUACGUGUGCAUCUCCGACAACUACUGGCUGGGCAAGAAGAAGCCCUGUGUCACCUACGGCCUCCGAGGCAUCUGCUACUUCUUCAUCGAGGUGGAGUCCAGUGACAAGGACCUCCAUUCCGGUGUACACGGGGGCACGGUGUACGAGGCCAUGACUGAUCUCAUCACCCUGAUGGGCUCUCUGAUCGACGGGAAGGGGAAGAUCCUCAUUCCUGGCAUUUACGAGGCUGUGGCCCCCCUGACGGACAAGGAACUGAUGCUCUAUGAGGAUAUCGACUUUGACAUAGACGAGUACUGCAAGGACGUGGGCGCUGAGACCCUCCUGCACAGCUGCAAGAAGGACGUCCUGAUGCACCGCUGGCGGUAUCCGUCCCUCUCCCUCCAUGGCAUCGAAGGCGCCUUCUCUGGGUCAGGAGCGAAAACCGUGAUUCCUCGGAAGGUGGUGGGCAAGUUCUCCAUCAGACUCGUGCCAGACAUGAACCCUGAGGCCGUCAGCGAGCAGGUGACGAGCUAUCUGACCAAGAAGUUUGCCGACCUGCAGAGUCCCAAUAAGUUCAAGGCGUACAUGUACCAUGGCGGGAAGCCGUGGGUCUCAGACUUCAACCACCCCCACUACCUGGCCGGAAGGCGGGCACUGAGGACAGUGUUCGGUGUUGAGCCAGACUUGACCCGGGAAGGCGGCAGCAUCCCUGUGACGCUGACGUUCCAGGAGGCCACAGGCAAGAAUGUCAUGCUGCUGCCUGUGGGCUCAGCCGAUGAUGGGGCCCACUCACAGAAUGAGAAGCUCAACAGGUGCAACUACAUAGAAGGAACAAAGAUGCUGGCUGCCUAUCUGUACGAAGUGUCCCAGCUGAAGGACUGA